AUGAAGCGAAAAAGCUUAAAGUUCACCAUUUUUUGUGCAGUAUUCUCACUCAUCACUCAAACUAAAGCCCAGACUGCAAAAUGUGAUUACAGCUUUUAUGAUCACUUAACACUUGGAUAUAAAGACAUAAAUGCUUCUUACUACAACUGCAAUCUAGACACAAGUCAAGCUAAAUACGACAGCAAACUCACAAGAAUUGAUGGACAGCAUGUAACUGGAUACUGCGACGCUCAUGUCCAAUGGAUUGGCAAAUCAAAUUCAGUCACCAAGUUGAAAACAUUUUCAUCGAUUUUCUGUAAGAAAUUUCCAAAUCUUGAAGAAAUUGACAUGAAUGAUUUGGAAUUGGAGUCGAUUGAUGUGGAUUCGCUGUCAAGUUGCCAAAAUUUGAAUCAUUUGCUGCUUAAUAAUAAUAAACUUCGUGUGAUUCCCGUGAAUUUGCUGUGCAGGAACUCAAAAUUGACUAAAAUACGAUUGCAUAACAAUCAACUGACAACACUGCCUGGAACCUUGUUCAUGAGCCAAAAGGAACUUGUUGAACUUUACUUGUAUGAAAAUCAUAUCAGCUUCUUACCUAGCAAUACUUUCCAUCCACUUGUUAAGCUUGAGUUGCUGUACCUAAAUGAGAAUAACUUUCAGUCUAUAAAUCCAGAAUGGUUUAAGAAUUUACAGAAUUUAAAGCUAUUAAGCCUGUAUGGCAAUAAAAUCACAGAAGUUCCAUCCAAAUGCUUCACAGCUCUUAAAAAUUUGACAAAAUUGUGGCUUUUGGAGAAUAAAAUCAAAACUUUAAAUCCAGACAGCUUCGAUGGUCUUCAAAAUUUGCAAUUAUUAAACCUUAACAGCAAUGAAGUUUCUGAACUGCCAGCUGACUGCUUUGCCUCACUGACUAACCUUCAAGAACUGUCUAUGAACAACUAA